AAAAUUUUUACUACUGGAGAUAUCAACAAAGAUGGAAAGCUGGACUUUGAAGAAUUUAUGAAGUACCUUAAAGACCAUGAGAAAAAAAUGAAAUUGGCAUUUAAGAGUUUGGACAAAAAUAAUGAUGGAAAAAUUGAGGCUUCAGAAAUUGUCCAGUCUCUGCAGACACUAGGUCUAACUGUUUCUGAACAACAAGCAGAGUUGAUUCUUCAAAGCAUUGAUGCUGAUGGAACAAUGACAGUGGACUGGAAUGAAUGGAGAGACUACUUCUUAUUUAAUCCUGUAACAGACAUUGAGGAAAUAAUUCGCUUCUGGAAACAUUCUACUGGCAUUGACAUAGGCGAUAGUUUAGCUAUUCCGGAUGAAUUCACGGAAGAUGAGAAAAAGUCUGGACAGUGGUGGAGGCAGCUGCUGGCAGGAGGUAUUGCUGGCGCCGUCUCUCGAACAAGCACCGCCCCUUUGGAUCGCCUGAAAGUCAUGAUGCAGGUUCAUGGUUCAAAAUCAGAGAAAAUGAACAUAUUUGGUGGCUUUCGGCAGAUGGUAAAAGAAGGCGGCAUCCGCUCUCUUUGGAGAGGAAAUGGUGCAAACGUCGUUAAGAUUGCUCCUGAGACGGCUGUUAAGUUCUGGGCCUAUGAACAGUACAAGAAGUUGCUUACUGAGGAAGGACAAAAAGUAGGAACCUUUGAGAGAUUUAUUUCGGGUUCCAUGGCUGGAGCAACUGCACAGACUUUUAUUUAUCCCAUGGAGGUUAUGAAAACAAGGCUGGCUGUAGGCAGAACUGGACAGUACUCUGGGCUCUACGACUGUGCCAAGAAGAUUUUAAAACACGAAGGCUUGGGAGCUUUCUACAAAGGUUACGUCCCUAACUUACUAGGCAUCAUACCUUACGCAGGCAUAGACCUUGCUGUGUACGAGCUCUUGAAGUCCCAUUGGCUAGAUAAUUUUGCAAAAGAUUCUGUAAACCCCGGCGUUAUGGUGCUGCUGGGAUGUGGUGCCUUGUCCAGCACCUGUGGGCAGCUGGCCAGCUACCCUCUGGCUUUGGUGAGAACGCGCAUGCAGGCUCAAGCCAUGGUAGAGGGAACCCCACAGUUGAACAUGGUUGGCCUCUUUCGACAAAUAAUUUCCAAAGAAGGAAUACCAGGACUUUACAGAGGCAUCACCCCAAACUUCAUGAAGGUGCUCCCUGCUGUUGGCAUCAGUUAUGUGGUUUAUGAAAACAUGAAGCAAACAUUAGGAGUAGCCCAGAAAUGACACUGUUUUUUUUUUUCCUUUGGCAUGAUUAUUGAAAUUUUCAACAAUUUCCAGAGUAACAUUUUCUACAGUUGAAAUAAGUCUAUGGGAAAAAGAUAUAUAUAUAUAUAUUUUUUUUUUUCCCACACAAGGGAAAAGGAUUUCACUGAUCACUUCGAACAUUUUGGCUCAAUUUUAUAUGUACAUAAAUACAUAAAAAUAUCAUAGUUAAUAAGUUUUGAAAAGGCCACAAAACUGUACUUUGUCUUCAUCCUGUAGAUCCCUGCACUGAAUCUUGAAUCUGAAAAUGAAUUUGCUUGAACUAAAUUUGUUUUGUGUGUGGAAUUAUAAAUUAUUGAUCUUUACUUUGGUUCGUUCAGGUUUAUGCCAAUUUAUUUAUACUUGAUGCCAUUUUUUAAAAACACAAAUGACCAGCGGCUUAAAUUGUUUUAUAUAUUUUGAAUAUCUCUUUAGACUUCUCAGAAGUUCCUGUAGAACCAUUAAUAAAAGAUCAUUGUAUUAAAAAUAAGCCUUACAGCAGCCAAAUAAGAAUUGGGUUUUUAUCCUUAUCUUUCUCUAAGCAGAUUAGGAAAGGACAUAUGUGGUAGAAUUUAUAAGGAGUGAUGAAGUAGUCUUUGUUCCAGUGAGUACUUUUCCAUUGUUCUUGCAAGGUCAUUUGGUUCCUGAAGUGACACACCGAUGGUCAGUAUGUUGCUGUUAAAUUAUCAACACAAGACAAUAUAUUUGAAAGAUUUGGUUUAUCCUGUCAUUGCUGUGUAAAGCAGCAGGAAGCAAAACCCUUAUAUCAGCUUCUGAAGAGCAUCUCUCUUUUCUUUAUCCUUUGUUCCCUGCUUCUGGAAUCAGAUUCUGUUUAAUCAGAAAUGGUUCUUGGGAACAUUCUUAGUCAUCUGAAGUUUUCCUUUUUUAAUUAAGUGAAGUGAAUUGAUCCCAGGUCAAAGACAUAUUAAUUUCCUCCUCAUUGUCAAGUGCUUUUGAAUCUGCCUUUCUCAAUUUAAGUGACAUAAAAUUAAGAGAAUAGUAUGUAUUAAUGCAUGAGAAGUAUUCACCUUAUAUAUUAGAUAUCUGUUUUUAAAUGCAAGGUCCAAUUUGUAAACAUAGGCAUUCACAUCCUCUUUGGCCUCAAAUUUUGGAAACAUUAGUUAUCAUAUAGAAAACAUUUAAGAUAGUGAUAGCAUUUUUUCUUUUUUAAGAGAGAUUUUUUUUAUAGGGUGGAUGUACUCACCAGAGACAGAAAGUGAGAAAUCACCCCCUUAGGUGGGAUGGCCAUAUCACAGUCCCUUCUCCUUCAUUCUUCU